CUGGAAUUCAGCUGUGUGUUUAUGUGGUUGUGUACGGAACUAAAAGAUGAAGGUCUUUCUCUGUUUGUGUUUCAUCAUAUUUCUUACAGCUGGGGUGACUGGAAAUCCCUGUGCAGGUAAAGCUGACUUUGAGCCAUGUGGGGAUAAUAAUUUAGACUGUGAUGAGAAAAUCAGCAAAUGUACCUGCUUCACUGAAGAACCGUUUUGUCGAUGCAACAAUAACAAAAAUGAGUUUUACAUCGGUGAUGACUGCUCUCAGAGAUGGACAGUGGUGACCUUUGCCCUGGUGGCGUCUCUGCCUGGUCUAACUCUCGCCGUGUUGGUGGGGGUAAUUGUUUACAUGCUGAUGGUGCAGUCAAACAACAGCCACACAAGUGAACAGAUGAAGGCAGCUUCCAAAGAGCAGGACCUGUUUCCUGGAAUUGCUUUUGCAUCUGAUAUGAAUGGUCGACCUCCUCCUAACAUGAGACCAGCACAACAAGACCAGGUUCCCCUGAAGGCCAUGCCCAUCCAUCCCUAUAGCAUGUCGCGUGAUCCUCCAAUGACAAGUCCUGCUCAGCCCUACAGCAUAUCCAAUGGGAUGCGCGAUCAGUCAAUGGGAGCUCCUGCUCGACCCUACAGUGCAUCCAACACUGGGCAUCCAUCUGCUGACAAUGUGACUGAUGGAAGACCUCGUCAGCUCAACAGUGGGAUGCGCGAUCCUCCAAUGGGAGGUCCUGUACAGCCAUAUAGUGAUGGUGCAGGACGAGGUCAGAUUGUUAGCAACCCUUAUGUUAGAGAUUUAGCCAACCGAAACCCCUAUGAAGACCUUGGCUCUUCUGCUGACCGCCAAAGUGAUUACAGAUCAACUGCCCCGUCGUACACGUAUGAUAAUCAGAUUCCAAAUCCGCCCUAUUCUCCUGCUCCGCUUUAUGGAUCCUCUGAACAAGGAAAUAUCCGCACUGGAUUUCCACGACCUCAAUUAAGCCUAAAAUACUAGAACUCAGAAAAAUAGCUUAUGAUGAUCAAUUUUGCCGUUGUUUUUGGGAGCUGUAUUGUGUUGUGUUGCUCUUGUUGGUUUGUAAAGUGUUUAGCUGUUGUCUGAUAAAAUAAUUCCCUUUAGUGCCAAUUUGUCCUUAUUUUUUUUCUGUAAAUUAUGAUUAAUGAUAUUUACGUUUACAUUUCCUGUACAAAAAUAAAAAGUCUUAAAUUACUAGGAAAAAAGAAAACAUUUGGUUUUCAAUUCGCUAGUUUGAGGAUUUUAAACAAUUAAAAAGUGAACUUUAA